AUGUCCAAGUACGCCAAAGAUCAGCCUAUCGGCUUCAACAACGCCAUUGAAAGGGUUGCUAUAGCUGGAGGGACAAUUGGAUCACAUAUUGCCAAUGCCCUUCUAGAAACCGGUAAACACACAAUCACGGCCCUUUCCCGCAAAGACAGCGGCAACACUUUGCCUGAGGGCAUCAUCGUGGCUCACAUUGACUACGAGGACGAGGCCACCAUUGUUGCCGCCCUCGUGGGCCAGCAAUUUCUUAUCAUAACCAUGGCCCCUACUGCACCUCGGGACACGCACAGCAAGCUCGUCCAGGCGGCUGCUAAAGCUGGUGUCCCGUACAUCAUGCCUAACGGGUACGGCUCCGAUAUUGAUAACGUCAAACUCGGCGAGGACACACUCUUAGGGCCCGUAGCCAAAGCCAACAGGGAUGAGAUUGAGCGGCUAGCUGGCGGCGAGGCCCGUUUUGGGUUCGACUUUGACAAGCGUUCCUUGACGAUUUACGAUGAUGGCAAUACCAAGAUCUCUACUUCAACGCUGUCGCAGGUUGGGCGGGCUGUGGCUAAGGUUCUGAGCCUGAAAGAGCUGCCUCAGGAUGAGAAUGAUAAAAGCCUUACCUUCUCGGCCUUCCUCAACAAAGGAGUGUACAUCAAAAGCUUUGUUGUCAGCCAAAAUGACAUGUUUCAGAGCGUUAAGCGUGUCACUGGUACAACUGAUGCAGAUUGGACUAUAACUCAUGAGGACACCAGGAAGCGAUAUGAGGAUGGCCUAGCGCAAGUUAAAGCGGGCAACAUGGCUGGCUUUGGCAAGUUGCUAUACGCAAGGGCGUUUUAUCCGGGUGAGGCUAGCGAUUUCUCGGAGAGGGUCCAGAAUGAUCAUCUUGAGUUACCGAGUGAGAAUUUGGAUGAGGCUACGAAGGCUGGGAUAGACCUGGUCAAGGAGUUGCAGCUUCGUGUUGAGCGUAUGGCGUCAUAG